AUGUCUAGGAUACGAGGCAGUUCCGCCCUGCGGCACCUCUCCAGGCCUCGCGUCCGUUCACCGCUUCCAGCAAAACCAUGGCAGGCAUGCACCGCCAGAUCGUUCUUCGGCCUCGGCGAACUUGCUGGCGUGAUCGCAAACCCGGCAGAGACGCUCCGCCAACUGAAAGAGUCGCAGGAUAUGCUUAGGAAAGCCAAAGAAGACAUGGAGCUUGCCCGCGAGGCGAAGAAGAUCCCUAAGAAGCACACCUUUUCUAAACUUCCUGGCUUCCAUGGCCGCAAAGCAGAGCAGGCAUUGCUGCGCAAGAUAUUGAAUGCGCAACCGAAGAUGACGACUAUCUUUGGCGCGACUUCUGUGGGGAAGACGGCUUUGCUGAGAGAAGUGCUGGCCACAGAUGAUUAUUUCGUGGUGAAGUUUGAUUUGAGAAUUAGUGGUUUUGCAGAUUUGAGGACGCUGUAUCUGGCUUUGUGCGAGCAGUUUCAGAUUUUCUUCAACGAGAUGCACGACGAAGAGAUGGGCAAGCAGGCAUUGACGUUCAAGCAUCUCAUACUCGCAUUAAACGAGAAAGAAAGCGCCGAGGGCGGGUACACAGUCACCGUCGCCGAUCUUGCCAGUCUCAUGGAAAGCCUGCAGAGCGCACUACUAAAGUACUGGGAGUAUGACCCUAAAGAGACCUCUGACGAAGAUGGCAACUCCGGUGAUCUCCACACGAAGAAGAAGCCAGCUGAACGUAAAGUCGAAUCUUCAAAUGAUACCACUACACAUAACGCAGAUACGCAAUCCGACAAAACCCUCUUCCGAAAGCGCCCAGUCGUAUUCCUCCUCGACGAAGCGCACAAGCUCCCCGCCCUCGUCGACGACCAACUCUCCCUAAAAGUCUUCCUCGACACCCUCCUCGUCCUCACAAAACAAGACCGCCUCUGCCACGUCCUCUUCUGCACCUCAGACCCCUUCUUCCAACACUUCCUCCGCUCCAUGAACGUAGGCCACCACUCCCAACUCAUCACAAUCGGCGACUGCAGCCGCGAAGAAACCCUCUCCUACUUCCUAGACCAAAUGCUGCGCUCCGUGCCACCCCACUUAGCUUCGAAUCUCACGACCCAUUUCGACGACAUAUGGGAUGCGUUCGGUGGGAAAUUAAGCCAUAUUAAUGAUUACGUUGCGUCGUGGGUCCAGGCUGAAGGACGGCUUACACCCUACCAAUCCGCGAUCUUCAUACAGGCGUACACCCUCCUACAAUUCCACCUCACGCAAGCAAACUUCGAAACCUUCUCCCCGCUUUCAACGGCCACUGUGGGUACAGACACAAGUGAUGACACCACGCGCUUUGAGCCGGAGGAUCUACUGCGGGUUAUGCGCACGCUGACGCAGUUGCCGUACAGCAUACCGUACUUCACUUUGUGCCGCUUGAUAGGUACUGCGCAGGUGGACAGUAUGAUCAAGACGCGUGUGCUGGAGGUGCGCUGGACGCGGACGGUGACGCCGGAGGAGGGGUGGGUUGAGCGGCAGUGGAGUGAGGAUGGGAUUGAGAGGCCUGUUGUGUUGCCUAUGACGAGGAUGAUUAGGAAGGCGAUGGAGGUUGUGUUGAGGGAAGAGGAGGAGCUGAGGCAGGCGCAGGCGCAGGGAGAUGAGCCCGUUGAUGAAGCGAAGACUACUUGA